UAAUGGCUGUUUUUCAAAGACGCUUCUUAAUGCCAGCAUUGUUUUUAAUUAUUUUAUUUUGCUUGUCUUUUUGGUUGGUCAAUACUGAUUUGGAUCUAAAAUUUAUUCAGGUUCCUGACACAGUUAAUUAUGAUGGGAAUUUAGAUCUGUUUAGCCUGGAGCAGGAUGACCAGAGACUGGUCGAAUAUGUCAAACAUCAUUUUUUAUUCAAAACUGGAACAAAAGGGGGAAAAAAUUUGAGACUUGCAAACAAUCCUCCCAAACUGGCCGGCCAGUUUAAUCAACCUUUGGAAGUGGAUAAAAUUUAUAACAGUUCUUUGUUCAACGGAUUCUUCAUUGAAGCUGGGGCCUUUGAUGGGGAGAAACUUAGUAAUUCACUCUUAUUUGAAAUGGAACGCAAUUGGACCGGACUACUGGUUGAAGCAAACUCAAAUUUAGUUAAAACAAUUGAAGGUAAAAACAGAAAUGUCUGGAUAUCUCCCACAUGUUUAUCAAUAGAAAUGAAACCUAUCUUUGCAGGCAGAAUAAAAUAA